AUGGGCGAGUAUCCAGAAAUGGUAAACAGAAAUAUCAUUCAACACCUAUCAGUAACCUAUAGUUUCGCCGUAUGCUAUGCUAUAUCUCCCUACAGAAAGCAGUUCGUUUUGGCGACGCGGCGACGUGAUUUGGAUUUACCCAGUGAAUUAGUGCAAUUAAGUGAAAAUUAUUUUCAAUUUAAAUUAAAGGCUAAGUUACUUAGCAUCAUGAUAAGUUCACCUGAGCCUUGUCAGUGUCCCAUACUCGAAGUGGGACCUCCAAUGGUCUCCGCAUGUCCAAACCAGUUCCUGCUCUUCAUGACAAUCUUGCAAGGGUAUAUCAACGGCCGAUGCGACUUAGCCGAUCCUUGUAAUAGAGUAAAAAGCAUAGAACAACCUGAUGAUAGUUACGACUUCGUAGUGAUUGGAGGAGGUUCUGGUGGAGCUGUUGUCGCUGGAAGAUUAUCAGAGAAUCCACAGUUUAAGGUUUUGUUAAUAGAGGCUGGUGGCGAUGAGCCUACAGCAUCAGGAAUUCCCGCAUGGUUGGCCGCGUAUUGGAAUCGCAAUGAUACGGACUGGCAGUAUACCACGGAGAAACAGGAGCGAGCUUGUUUGGACUCAGACGGGAAAUGCUCAUGGCCCAGGGCCAAAAUGCUAGGUGGUUGUUCGGUUUUCAAUGGAAUGAUGUACAUGCGCGGUCAACCGGCCGAUUACGACGGCUGGGCAGUUAAUGGAGCAACAGGCUGGUCCUGGUACGAUGUUCUACCCUACUUCCUAAAAAGCGAAGAUAACAAGGAGAUCGACAAUGGUAUCUCAGGGCAGUAUCAUAGUGCUGGGGGACCAAUGCCUGUCCAGAAGUUCCGGUACGCGCCCCAGUUAGCUCACGAUGUGGUGUCAGGUGCUAUUGAGCUCGGGUAUCCCCCCACGAGCGAUUUGAAUGGAGAAACAAUCACAGGGUUCACCAUUGCACAAGCUUUCAAUGACGGUGGUUCUCGAUACAGCUCAGCCCGUGGCUUUUUACGGCCCGCUUCGCAUCGAGCUAACUUGCACGUGUUAUUGAAUGCCCUCGGCUCUCGGGUUAUCAUUAAUCCUGCUACCAAAACAGUAACCGCAGUAGAAUAUAUCAAAGACGGAGUCACGAAAACUGUCAAGGUCAACAAAGAGGCCAUCAUUUCUGCAGGAACAUUGAAUUCGCCACAAAUCCUAUUACUUUCUGGUGUUGGGCCUAGGGAGACCCUUGACAAGUUCAAUAUUCCCACCAUAAUGGACCUGCCUGGAGUGGGACAGAACUUGCAGAAUCAUGUCGGUGUUACCUUAGAUUUCACGCUUACGAAGGAACCCAAGGUUUCAGAUCUUAAUUGGGAUGUCGCUACCCAAUAUUUGUUGGAAAGGAAAGGACUUUUAUCGAGUACUGGAAUGUCGCAGUUAACCGGCAAAAUAAAUUCUCGUCUCGCGUCAGCCGGCGGCAGACAUCCAGACGUACAAUACUUUUUCGGCGGUUACUCUGCACUGUGCGGCAACGAAGUCGUCGUGGACCCUAAACAACUUGGUGACGACGUUGAAAAAAGAACGGUUACGAUCUCAGUCAUAGCUGUACAGCCUCGCAGCAGAGGCUACGUGACGAUUAGAUCUGUGGACCCAACGCAACCGCCUAUCUUCGAACCUAACUACUUCUACGACGAACAUGAACUUAAUGUAGUUGUAGAUGGUUCCAGAAUUGCUUACAGACUUGCCAAUACAACGAUUCUCCGUGAAAAAUACGGUAUGAUGCCAACUGAAGGAUACGGCAAGGAAUGCGGGGAAGGUGGCUUGGAUCCUAGUGAUGAGUUUUUCAAAUGCUUGAUAAAACUACAUACCUCGCCAGAGAACCAUCAAGUUGGUACAUGUAAAAUGGGACCGGAGAGUGAUCCUAUGGCGGUUGUAGAUAUGGAGCUGAAGGUGCACGGAAUUGAAGGACUUCGCGUUAUCGACGGAUCAAUCAUGCCCACUGUAGUUUCAGGUAACACAGGAGCUCCCAUAAUAAUGAUAGCAGAACGUGGUGCAGAGUUCAUAACGACAAGACAUCAACUGUCCAAAAAGGAUACAGAUAGUUUGGACACCGGAAAUAGAUUCGGGGAGGACUCUGAAGCUUCUGAGGAAACAGAAGGAAAUUAUGCUAGUAAUGAAAAUAAUCAAGCGUGGAAUUACCACGGCAACGACGGUUACAACUACCCACGGCCCAUACCCAACCAACCAGAGCAUCAAACGAACAAAAACCACCGAUGGGAACACAGAUGGAAGCCGUGGGACAAGAACUGGCAAAACCCGUGGCUAAAAUCUAAUCAAUAA